AAGUUCAGAACUCUAUUUAGUAAAAUAUUAUUUUUAGUUCGACGAGAGCGACAAGUUUCAGGCUCACAAGGAGUAGAUAGACAGGAUCAAAAUGUACCAGAUUUUACAAUUCCGUUUCCAACAGACUUCUCAUUUAGUGAGUUUGGAAGUCCAUUUGGAAAUGCUCAAGGAUUCCAACAGUUUUUAUCUGGACUUGGAGCCGGAGGGGGUGUCGAGCAAGGCUCGCGAUUUAGCGAACAACAAGUCCCCGAAUUUCAAAUUCCCAACGUUGGCCAACAAUUUGGUCAACAAUCUCAAGGACUAGGAGGAUCUCCUUUCAAGAGAGAAGUUGAUGCUAGACAACUAGACAGUUAUACCCCGUCUUUUGUUCCACCCCAGCCUGUGUACAACCCAACCAAAACUCAGCCCGCCUAUCCUCGAUACAACGAAGCUUCCCGAAGAGAGUACUCGAGACCACAGCCUCAGCAGGAAUAUCAGUCUGAGUACAACUCAAGGGACAACCAGGAGAACAAGCAGAGGUACAUCCAGGAGAAGAAGCCUGUGUACAGGAAGGAGUAUCAACCUGUCUACACCCCUACAACACAGAGAGCCAAGAAACCAGACAAUGUGGAAAAAAAUGAUUUUUUGAGUUCAUUUGAUGAAAACGUUUUCUCAGAAGAAAAUUUUAGCUUUGGAAAUUCCGGUUUUGAAUUCAAGAAAGAGAGUUCAAAAAGUGAUUCAUCUCCACCCUCUUUUAACUCCAACCCAGCCUCUAGAGAUACACAAGUGGCUGUUGAACAACCUCAAGAUAACCUCGGAUACUUCAAGGAUGACGUUCCUACAUUUUUUAACUCGCGGCCGUUAGAACAAGACACACCUAAGAUCUAUUCCACCCCGAAGCCGAAGAUAAAAGACAUCAAGAAGAGCGCCUUUAAACCUCCCACUCUAGUUGAACGAUUUAAUACUCCAAUUGUUGAACCCUCCUUACCGUAUAAUCAACCCAGUAAGGACUAUCAACCCGAACCUGUAGAAACCAAUGUAUAUCAACCUGACCAGGAGAAGGUAGUUGAAAAACAAGAGUUUAACUCCUUCAAGGCUGAGAUACAGGAGAGAAAACCUGAACCUUCAACUAAAAAACCUAGCCUACAGGAACCUAAACCUGAACAUAAAUAUGAAGCUAAGAAUUUCAGAGCUCCAGUUCAAGCUCCACAACGCAAUAAUGAGAAACACCCAGUAAUAAGGAUCAAGUCUCCGGAGAGGUCUAGUUCUGGAGAUAGAACCAACCCUCAACAAAACCAUCAAUAUAGAAGCAAUCCUCAUCAGCAGAAUCAUCAAUAUAGGAGAAAUCCUCAGCAGCAACAGGAGUACAGAACUGUCCCAGAGCAAAAACAGGAAUACAGAACUGACCAAAAGCAACAACAGGAAUACAGAACUGUCCAAGAGCAGCAACAGGAAUACAGAACAGUUCCAGAGCAAAAACUGGAGUACAGAACAGUUCCGGAGCAAAAACAGGAGUCCAGAACAGUUCCAGAGCAGAAACAUGAGUUCAGAACUGUUCCAGGGCAAAACCAGGAGUUCAGAACAGUUCAGGAGCAAAACUAUAAACAGCUCCCCCAGGGAGAACUUAAGAUUGUUGAGGUUCUUAAAACCCCUCAUGCCAUAUUUGACGAUUCACAGGAAAUAGUUACUGCGUCCCCUGUUCAGAAGAAGUUUGCAGAUACAAACGGAAAAGAGGUUUUUGAUAUCAAUGUUACAGCUAGCUUUAAGCCAGUAGCCAGUACAGGGGUUCAGAAAAGGUUUGGACCCCCUUCUCCUGCUAGGGGACAAGCUUCCCCUUCUUCUGAAACUAACAAAACACCUGCUUUAAAACGAAAUACUGGUGAACGGGCAGGGGAUGCUCGUGGACUAGUUCAUCUUCCCCCUCUUAGACUUCCAAAGAUUAAACUUCCGUUUGGACUGUCAAGAUCGACACAAAAAAGCGCAAGGACCGAACAGAGGAAACGUGUCCAACGCAAAUACCAGAAUUGAUUAAACAUUUGUAGAGAAGAAGGUUGUUAUUGUUAUACAAUUUAGCCCCGAACUUCGGAGUAAAAAAAUUAUAAAAUGUCGUCUUCUUAUACUACUGAUUAGAGACAAAUAUUUAUUUUUUAAUUGAAUAAUUAU